UCUUCCUGUUCUCAGCUUCCGUCCUCUCAGCUUCCCUGCAGCACUCCCACCUGCCAGAGCUGAGCCUCCCUAGGCCCUGCCUAGCCUUAAGUCAGCCCCCAAUCCCUCUGGCUGCAGAAGUUUCUUUACCUCCAAUGAGAGGAGGGGCGGAUCCAGGUCUCUUGAGAACUGAGGGUUGAGGGCGUUGCGCUAACGCAUAGACACGGCACCUCUGCCCUUGAAGACACUUGUACCCUCCAUGCGGAGCCAAGAUGGGGAACGGAAACGAGGAAGAUUAUAACUUUGUCUUCAAGGUGGUGCUGAUCGGCGAGUCAGGAGUGGGGAAGACCAAUCUGCUAUCCCGAUUCACGCGCAAUGAGUUCAGCCACGACAGCCGUACCACCAUCGGGGUUGAGUUCUCCACCCGCACUGUCAUGCUGGGCACCGCUGCUGUCAAGGCUCAGAUCUGGGACACGGCUGGCCUGGAGCGAUAUCGAGCCAUCACCUCGGCGUACUAUCGUGGUGCAGUGGGGGCCCUACUGGUAUUUGACCUAACCAAGCACCAGACCUAUGCUGUGGUGGAGCGCUGGCUGAAGGAACUCUACGACCAUGCCGAGGCCACUAUCGUCGUCAUGCUGGUGGGCAACAAGAGUGACCUCAGCCAGGCCCGGGAGGUGCCCACUGAAGAAGCCCGCAUGUUUGCUGAAAACAAUGGGCUGCUAUUCCUGGAGACCUCAGCCCUGGACUCCACCAAUGUUGAGCUGGCCUUUGAGACGGUCCUCAAAGAGAUCUUUGCAAAGGUGUCCAAGCAGAGGCAGAACAGCACCCGGACCAAUGCCAUCACCCUAGGCAGUGCCCAGGCUGGGCAGGAGCCGGGCCCUGGCGAGAAGAGGGCCUGUUGCAUCAGCCUCUGACCUUGUCUAGCACCAACCCUGCCCACUGGCUUUCUGGUGCCCCCCAACCCCACGCCAGAGGCAGGACCUUUCCCUGCCCUGUGGUUCCAGAUGUCAGGGUGGCAAGCCCCCUGUUCACAGCUCCCCAGAGCUCUAAGGGCUUCAUGCUCCACCCCCCAUAUCUCUAUUAUCUGUCCACCACCUUACAGACUAGGGCCCUCAAAUAAAGCUGUGUUUUGUAUCAAU